CUUGAAACUCCUAGGAAAUCUCACCUUCUGUUAUUUUCCGAAGAAAACUAUAAAUAUCCUCCAUAAUCAUUCCCCACAAACCAUCUCACCCAACAUUUUUAGAGAAUCAAUGGGUUUUUUAGGCUCAAAAAGAUCAAGCAUGAAGGGCCAAAAACAACCCAUUUUCAUUCCACUUUUUCUCAGAUUUUCAGUUCUGUUUCUCUGCUUCUCUGCUUCUGUUGCCCACAACGACGAAGAAGUAGAGGAUGAGAGGGAAUUCGAUUACAAUGAGAAUGGUGCGAAAGGGCCACAUCAUUGGGGAGAUCUUAAGAAAGAAUGGGCUGCUUGCAAAAAUGGUGCCAUACAGUCUCCAAUCGAUUUAACAAAUGAUAGAGUGAAAAUAAUAACGAAAUCUGUAAAGAUAGAGAAGAAUUACAAGCCUGCAGAAUCAAUUAUCAAAAACAGAGGCCAUGAUAUUUCGCUUCAAUGGCCGGAUCAUAAAGCAGGUUCAAUUACAAUCGAUGGAAUCGAAUAUGUUCUCCUACAAGUUCAUUGGCACUCACCUUCUGAACAUACCAUUAAUGGCAAAAGGUAUGCCUUGGAGGCACAUAUGGUGCAUAAAGCCGCGGACCCUAAUGUGAAGAGCGGAUUAGCUGUUUCUGCACUACUUUACGAAGAUGGUUCACCUAAUGAUUUCCUAUGCAAGCUCAUAAGCAACAUUACAGAUAUGACUGAUGAGGUCCAACAAAGAUCAAUGGGGGUGACUGAUCCAAACCUUAUAGAAAUUGAUGGCGUGGAAUAUUAUAGAUACAUUGGUUCUUUGACUGUCCCUCCUUGCACUGAAAAUGUCAUUUGGAUUAUUAACAAGAAGAUAGCAACUGUUUCGAAGGAACAAGUACAUACAAUUCGAGAGGCUGUUCAUGAUUAUGCAGAACAAAAUGCAAGACCAGUGCAGCCACACAAUGAACGAGAGAUGGAACUUCAUAGUCCCAACAGCUGAAAAUAUGAAACUUUGUAUAUACUACAUCAUUUUACGUAUCUUAUAUGCUAUAUAAAUGUUGGUAUAUUUGAAUAUUAAAUUCUAAUUAAAUAAUUUUUUAUAA